GGGACGAGCCAUCACCCCAGGUGCGGGCGCUGCCGGGCUGGCAUUGCUUGCACCCCGGGCCUCAGGGGUGGGCCUGGCGCUCCGCUGCCGAGGGUCCAAAGGGCGCCCGGGCUCGGAGCGCAUGUCGGCCUGCUCUGCGUCUUGGCUCCCCAGAAAGAUCCAGGUUGGCUUGGAGGCGCUGCGGGGAACAACAAAUCAUUUCAAUUUCAAAGCCUCUUAGACUGAGGAACUUUCAACUGUACUAAAAAAUUUAGGAGAUGGACAAAUUUUCCCUCCCUCUCAUUUGAAAGGAUUCAGAGAAGAAAUAAAAUGGCAGAGGUUUAAAGUUAAUAUUCAGGAUGAAUGAUGAUAAUUCAGAUGACAAGACAGAAGAUGAUCUGCAGUCCUUAUUUAUCAGUGAAAAAGAUGGAAACACACAUGCAUAUAACCAAAAAUCACCACCUACACAAAACUCUUCAACCACUAAUGUGAGUUGGAAUUCUGCCAAGCCAGAUGACAUGGUGGUUGAUUAUGAAACCAACUCUGCUGUGGACGUUGGUGAAAAUAUUUCUUUAAACCCUCAGUGUGUUGAAGUACUUGAUCACCAAAAGUCUUCAAGUGAUCUCAUUAGAAAGGAGGUGUUCGACAUGCAUAAGGAUUCCACAUGUCAGUCUUUUGCGCAUGUUGUAAAUACAGAGGAACCCAAGUAUUUGCAUAACAAUGGUCAUUCCCUAGAAUCAUUUCAGGACCAGGAUGUUGAGACAUCUCUACCUUUUGUGUGGAAACCUACUGAUGAUGAUUUGAACUAUACAGACAGCCCUACUGCCUUGGAGCUAAACCAAACAUUUGACAUGAAGGUGGAUAACGUUAACUGUACCUUUAUAACGCAUCACACCGUCGGAGAGUGUCAGUCUUUGCAGACCACUGUAAGCCUGCAACCAACUGGCGUGAGAGGUGGAAGGAUGUCUUUAUCUUGCUCCGUUCUUACAUCUUCCCUUGAGAGAGAAAUGAGUGAUGACAGAGACAGCUUUGAAAACCCUCAAGCUGCAGCAUCAGAGCCCCAAGACACAACCAACGCAGCAUUUUCGGAUGUGCUGAUGCAAACUGAUGCUGUUGUUCCAGAUAUUGGAAAUCAGUGUCACUGUUCUUCGGGAAAGGUCACCAUUGAGUACCCAGAUGGGGCACAGCAAAGACUGGUCAGAGAAAAGGACGUACAAGCUCUGACACCAGUUUCUGAUGGCAUGGAUGUUCCCAAUGGGUCUGUAUUACAAGAGUUCUUUUGUUCAUCUAGAGAUGAACCAAAUAGUGAGACACAUUCACAGAGCUCAUGUGGGCAAAAGGAAAUGGGCCAAAAUCUAAGAGAAACAGUGUCCAUUUGUCUUACAGAUGAUGAAUGCCCUUUACUGGUGCCAGCUUUUGAUAACAGUAAAACCCAAGUGCUGAACCCUGAACAUCAAGUCACUGUGGCUAAAGACACAUCAAUUGCCAACAAUGAAAAGGAUUUGGGAACCCAAAAUCGUACCAUAGAAUUGAUAGUGAAUAGCCCGCCAGGACAAAGGAUGGCUUCAUCACUUGACCUGACUUGGGAUGCAGAUGACAUGAUCUUUAGUACAAACAACGUAGCUUGCAUGUCCACGCCAAUCCUGGAGCCCACAAAUGCCACCUUUUCUAUUUCACCUAUUGAAGCGACGGAGAAAUGUAGUAAAGCGCAGAAGAGUCAUCGAGAGCUUAGAAAUUUAUCGAACUUGAAGGGGGCACCUAUGAACAUGUCUAAACCCAAUCUAGGAAAAUCAACAACCAAAAUGAAUACCCCUCUAGGUAGCAGAGUUAGAAAAAGUGAAAUUAUAAGUUACCCAAGACCAAACUUCAAGAAUGUCAAAGCAAAAGUGAUCUCCAGACCAGUGUUGCCGUCCAAGGACCCUGCUCUGUCGAAGGCUGCACCCAGACCUCAGUUAACCAGCGCCUCACCACCCCUGGCAGCGGCCUCCACAAGACAGUUGACAACUUUGAACAAAACACCAACAUCUGAGUUGAAUGCCGACACAAAAGCAGAAAUCCUAAUUAACAAAACACAUAAGCAGCACUUUAAUAAACUCGUCACGAGCCAGGCUGUGCAUGUUACAACUCAUUCUAAAAAUGCUUCACACAAGGUUCCAAGAACAACGUCUGCCAUGAAAUCGAAUCAGGAGGAUGUUGACAAAGCGAGUUCGUCUAAUUCGGCAUGUGAGACUGGGUCCGUGGCUGAGUUUUUUCAGAAGAUCCAAGGUGAACUCCCUGCUAAAAUGGAAAACACGGAAUGUUUGGAAAUGACCUGUCCUUCCAACAUUGAGAGAAUUAGCCCUGAAAAGAAGGGUGAAAAACAAAAUGAGACACUGGCGGGCAAACAAGAGCUAAAAAAGGAGAUUAUGAAUGAGACCUUUGACUACAGUUCUCUGUUUUUGGGUUCUGCUUCAAAAACUGCCACCACCUCUGGGAGGAAUAUAGCCAAGCCCAGCGCCUCCAUUUUGAGGAAAACACCUGGUCCAAAAGCCAAAGUGGGGUCUUCUGUUUCCUGUUUGAGGCGGAGCAGUGACAACAGAAAUCUCAACUCUGAUCGAGCCGUAUCUCCUCAGAGGAUCAGGCGGGUGUCCAGUUCUGCAGGUAAUGCUGCUAUCGUCAAGUAUGAGGAAAAACCUCCAAAAGCAGCAUUUCAGAAUGGUUCAUCAGGAGCCUUAUAUUUGAAGCCCUUGGUACCCAGAGCUCAUGCACACUUACUGAAGACUCCUCCAAAAGGUCCUUCAAGAAAAAGUCUAUUUACAGCUUUUAAUGCCGUUGAAAAGGGCAGGCAGAAGAAUCCCAGGAGUUUAUGUAUCCAGACCCAGACGUCUCCAGAUGUGCUGUCCUCUGAAAAAACACUUGAGUUGGCUCGGUAUAAAACAAAAUGUGAAAACCAAAGUGGAUUUAUUGUGCAGCUCAAGCAGCUUCUCUCCUGUGGUAAUACCAAGUUGGAAGCGUUAACAGUGGUGAUCCAGCACCUGCUGUCUGAGCAGGAGGAAGCACUGAGACAACACAAAACCCUAUCUCAAGAACUUGUUAACCUCCGGGGAGAGCUAGUCACUGCUUCAACCACCUGUGAGAAGUUAGAAAAAGCCAGGAAUGAGCUGCAAAUAGCUUAUGAAGGAUUUGUCCAGAAGCUAAACCAGCAGCACCAGACUGAUCUAACAGAGCUGGAGAACCGGCUUAAAGACUUUUAUACUGGGGAGUGCGAAAAGCUUCAGAACAUCUACAUCGAAGAAGCAGAGAAGUACAAAACCCAGCUGCAGGAGCAGUUUGACAACUUAAACGCUGCCCAUGAAACCUCUAAGUUGGAGAUUGAAGCGAGCCACUCGGAGAAAAUAGAAUUGCUAAAGAAAGUCUAUGAAACUUCCCUUUCAGAAAUCAAGAAAACCCAUGAAAUAGAAAAGAAAUCACUUGAGGAUUCGCUUUACGAGCAGCAGGAAUCACUAGAGAAACAAAUCAGUGAUCUGAAGAGUGAAAAUGAUGCUUUAAAUGAAAAGCUGAAAUCAGAAGAACAAAAAAGAAUAUCAAGAGAGAAAGCAAAUUUGAAAAACCCUCAGAUGAUGUAUCUGGAGCAAGAGUUAGAAAGCCUCAAGGCUGUGUUAGAGAUCAAGAAUGAGAAACUGCACCAACAGGAUGUCAAGUUAAUGAAAAUGGAGAAGCUGGUGGACAACAACACGGCGCUGGUCGACAAACUGAAGCGAUUCCAGCAGGAGAACGAAGAAUUAAAAGCUCGGAUGGACAAGCACAUGGCAAUUUCAAGGCAGCUUUCCACCGAGCAGGCGGUCCUGCAGGAGUCGCUGGAGAAGGAGUCCAAGGUCAACAAACGGCUGUCCAUGGAGAAUGAGGAGCUGCUCUGGAAACUGCACAACGGGGACCUGUGCAGCCCCAAGAGGUCGCCCACGUCCCCCGCCAUCCCCUUCCAGUCGCCGAGGAACUCCGGCUCCUUCCCCAGCCCCAGCGUCUCACCCAGAUGACGCCUGGAGACAGACUGACCCCUCGCCAGCGCGGAAGCUGAGCUCCCUUCGCCCACGCGCCCCGCCCGCCCACCCGCCCUGGAACUGGAACGUCAUGGCCGGACCCGCUCCUUCUGAGACAGACCCGAACUCAGGAGCGAGGCUCCGGACUCGGUCCGGGAGACCCUGCCCGAAAAAUGUCGCCGGAACGGAUCUACGCAGACCGACGCUGAUGCACAAAGCACUUACGGAACGAGAUCUUGUUCGUUGCCUUUUUCACCUACGCGUAAAGGGGAAAACUCUCAGGGGCCUGUUAAAAGAUUUAUAUAACCUUUGUAAUGUUCCUCACCACAGACACCUUCUUGUGAUGUGUAUUUUGGUCUGACUGGGGAUGUGUGAAUGAAAUGGGUGUAACCGAGUGUCACGUGUCUGAUGCUGCCUCUUUUGCUGGGUAUUGAGUCAGGAGCUGAGAACCUCUGGAGAUGUGCUGGUCCAGUGAGAAUCCGUGUCUGCAUCUCUGCAAAAGCCAUAGAGGGAAGAGCAGUAGUUGCUGGAAUGAGGAUUUUCUACCACCACCUCGGCUCGGCCCGUGGAUGUGGGCGAGCUCUGACUUUACACCUCUGCGUCCUUUUGGAGUAACUUGUUGGCAGCCUCUCAGUGUCCAGCCAUGUCAGUUGAAACUAGCUAGAUUUUUUUUUUUAACUUACCAUGUGAACCUAAAAUACUACAGUCCAUUUCUUCAGGCUAUAAGCAUAUGUAGAAUCCUAAUUUUGCUGUUAAAAAUCUGUAUAAAGAAAGGGCAGUACCAACGGUAUUCCUUCUGCCUUAUUUUUACCUUGAUCUGAGCUAUCCUCAGUGAUUUAAACUGUCUUCUCUCCCACUAUUCCCAUUUCCUGUCUUUUCCUUUCUCCCCCCUCCAGUGCCACAAAAGCCAGCCUUCUACCUCCUUCCAGCUUUUCUCGGGGACAAGGAACAUGCUUUUCCGGAGCCAGCGCAUCUUCAGGGUGCUGAGCCACGUUCCAAAUAAACCAAGGCCUGGAUCCAAUAGUGCAAAUUUUGGGAAACCCUAGAGAGAUGGAAGAAUGAGGAGUCGUCACUGGCUGGCAGAACUGAGAAAGACAGGGUUCAGUGCUUACUGAGGAGCAGGGUCACCUUGAUAACAGAACAGCAAGUCUGGCGAGAUAAGACUAAGUUACCGUGCACCUUGACACAGUCCUCCUGUCCUUGGGAAGGUGGUGGAGUGGUCAGCCGACGAGGGGAAAUGUGGCUUAUACAACUCUUCUCCAAGUUGCAUUUCAGUUUCUUUCCAAAACUUCAUUUAUUCCCUCCCCCAGUUCUCAUACUCCAGGGAGGUGGGGGGAGGGAGGAAGAACCAUGGCUUUUUCUUCCUCUGCCUGCGUGUGUCAACCUUGUGCUCAGUAUUUACUACUCGGCGUUGCUGACGUUCGACGGCUGUACAGACAACCCCUGUAGUAAGGACAGACUCAGGACACCAGAGGUGGAUCUUCGAGCCAUCACUUACAUGUACACUACGUAGCAGACUGACAGUCCUGAUGAAUGUUUUUGUUCUACUAGUGAUUGUGUCUGAAGUCCUUAACCUUCACCAGUUUAUUAUGUGUGUAACCUUCCAUGUCUGUUUCUGAUAAAUGGGAACGUAGGUUCACUGCCACCCCCUGGAAUCUCUCUCUCUCUGCUUACCCUUCCAGGUUGUUCUCCACGUCACUGGCCAGAGUUGGGUUUGCCAUCCAUCCCUUAAGCAUGGUACUUUCCCUGCUGUCCUCCGUGCCACUGAGGUGUCUGGGGAAAUCAUUCUUACACAAUUAAUAUAAAAUGUCUUCAGAGAAUGGGAGACAACAGGAGAGAAGAUAGGAAACAAAACAGAAUGUUAAGAUUAUUUUCAAACCAAAUGUCUCACUUAGGUUGCAAAAUGUGGGCACGUCAUAAAAAUACGGAUGUGUAAACAACUGUAGUUGUGCUCAGUUUGUAGUGAUGGAAAGUGUAUUUUACUCUGAUCAAAUAAAUAAUGCUGGAAUAUUCAACAUGA